GUGAGUAUCCUGGGCUUCGGCUACAACCGGACCAACUACCAAUUCGACCAGGGACAGCGUUGGGGUCGGUUCACAGCAGGCCGUGGCAAUGAAAUCAAGCGCUACGCCAUGUUCCGCGAGGACGUGGCGGAUCUGGCCGCGGUGAGUGUCAGCAAGUUGAAGGUCUAUGUGCCGGUCCUCACCAUGAGUUUGGGAUAUGUCUUGACCGUCCUGGUCGAAGCGCGUUCGGGAUUGAAGUUUCCAGGUCCCCCAACCUUUGCUUCGGGCUUGUACUUGAAUUGCCUGGGUGUGUCCUUUGCCUUCAUGACGCUAUCCAUUUGGCUUUGCUGGCAUGCUGCCAUGCGCGCUCAGGUGGCGAUGGUCCAACUGCGGACGCGGCAGGUGCGAUUGCCGGUGCCUUCGCAACGGCAACUGGACAGUGCCAGGAAGAUCUUGUCGAGCUAUGAGGAGCAAGGCGUCUACGACAUGUUCCGCCUGCCCUUCGUUUUGCCGCAGAGUGGUGAAGCUCCGCCGGGGGCGGAGGAGGAGGUGAAGUUCGAUGCGGAGGGGAUCAAAGGUGGCUACAAGAAAGGGGGCCUGCCCGGAAUGGCAGCAAAGAUGAAAGGAAAGGUGAAGGAUUUCCAGGAGGAGGCGGGGGGCGAUCUCAAAGAGCUGGGCCAUGCUGCGCGGAUGCCGGGCUUCACCUCGGGGGCACCCGGAUGGGUGGAGAAGGAGAUCGAGGGCCGGGAAGACAUGCCCAAGGCCUCCCCCAGCGGCUUCGGCUUGGAAGCGCCCCCGGAGCCCUACGCACACUUCGAGGCCAUCCGGCAGGCGCAGAAGGACUACUGGUGCGCAGAAGCUUAUGCACGCGUGACCUUCUUGAUCGGCAUGAUGAUCCAAUCCUUCGCCUAUUGGCUUCCGAUCCACUGCAUCGGUGAGCUGGGCCUGGUUUGGGGCGCCAUGGUCUGUUCCUCCACCUUGACCAGCGCCGUGUGGAUCAUGUUCCGCAUGGAUGUGAUUCCCUCACACGGGGGCUGCUUUCCCAUCGAGCUGGGAGGGCCCUUCAUCGAGGCGAUCAGCCUGGCCUUCGCCUACACCCACCAUCCUACGAGUCGCGUGGACGCGCGGGGUGGUCAGGCACUGGAUGUAUCGAGGGCGGUGGCCGUCCUCGUACUGUUGAUGCAGAUUGGGCAGACCAUUCGGCUCUACGUGGCAUGGCACGAGUUUCGUUUGGCAAAGCCAUGGUACACGAUAACUCUUCCAGUGGUGUCCCAACCGGGCAACGGCUCGCCCGAGCUGGGCGCCGCCCAGGAGAGUGGCGAGCGGCUCUUCAACCAGGCGGCCUCCUGCGAGAGCCCCGUGUGGCUUCCCUCGGCCUUUCAAACGGUCAGCUAUCUGGUGGCGCCCCCAAAGGUCAAGUCGCAAUUGGAGAAGGAGCAAAGAUCCCGUGAUCAUGAAGGAUUAAGUGAAGAUCCCAUGGUGAAUGUGGACAUGACUCCUUGGUACUACGUGCGCAGCCUGCUCUUGGUCACAGCCAUUUCGUGGUUCGUCCUGCUGACUGGGCGCAUCGUGGAAUGCACCAUGGGUGAGAGGAUGCUGGUGACCAAUCCAGGCGCUCCACCAUGGACGCGGGUUGGGCGCUGGUACGGUUGGGAGGCUGGACCCAUCACUUCGAAGCACUACGCGCACGUGACGCCCAUGCGGGGCCAUUUCGCCUGGCAGAAGGGCUGGGGCCCUCAGGGCCAGCAGGAGAUCCGGGAGCUUUGGGCCAGCGAUAUGUUCGGCUUCCACCCUGAGGCUGACAUGCAUUGGAGCGAGGCGGAUGCUGGGAUGCAAAGCGAGCCAGGUUCAAUUCUCAGAUAUGCCAAGGAAGGCCCAGAGCCUCUGGUGGGUGCAGCGGGGCACGGCAAAAACACCUGGUUCGAAGGGGUCAUUCAGUACGGUCGCCGCUAUACUGGGGAGCACAGCUGGUUGGACAGCGGUGGACACCGGCGUCUUCAGGAGGUGGUGACCACGGUGCGACCGGUUCCUGUCACCAAGGUGGUUCCAGCGGCUGUGCACUUCCCGCCAUCCCUGGAGCCGGAGUUGUUGGCCUGCAGCCCUGAGGGCACGAUUGCCAUGACUCGUGGAGGCAUGGGUGCCUUCCUACCAGCCUCUGCCGCGGUGCCCUGGCUCAGAGGCCCCACCUGGCUACCCUUGCCUUACGAAAAAGCUGAGGAGCAAGGCUUCGGCACUUGGUCCCCAGUGAAUUUCCAGGGCCUGCUGGAUUUCGGCCUAGCGCGUAGUGUCAGCUGGGGCCAGCAACGGCUGCUGAGCCACACGGGCUCCGGGGUAGUGGUGGCGUGCCCCUGGGACGGCCGAGAGUCUCGGUGCUCUGCACUGGAGCUACCAGGCAUCCCCUCGGCCGCUUCGGCCACUGCCCUGGCGCUGCUGGAUGCUUCGGAGGGGCAUCCCUUCCGCGCGGCCGUGCUGCUGGGGGACCAGCUGCAGCUGCACGCCUUGAUGCAGCACGGCCUUGGCCAAGACUGGCACCUAGAGGCGCAGGUGGCGAUGCCUCAGGGUGCGGCAGCUGUGAGCCUCACCGGGGAUCAGCAGAAGGUCCUGGAUCUUGCGCCUGGCGUCCAAGUGGCGCAAACAUCCAAAAGGAAUGGUCUGCAGAAUUGCUCUACUGAAGGACGCCGGAAGAGCUACCGCUGGGUCAGGGUGGCAUCAUUGACCGACUUG